AUGAAGAAAGAAAAUUUCAAGCAGAGAUUUCCAGGCUUUAAGAAGAAAGCCAUAGAGCUCUCUAUCCUCUGCGGCAACUCUGUUGGUUUCGUGUGUUACACUCCCGACGACAACAAUCUCCAUAUCUGGCCAGAGCCGCAAGAGAAACCAGCAGCUGUUGGCCAAGGUUUGUCGGGUGAGGAUUUGAGGAGACAUGUCGAUAACCUUGAUUCUCACCUAGUUGGAAUCAAGCAACUAAAGAUAAGUAUACUAAGAAGAAGAGGGAACACGAAGAACCCUAAGCCGAAGGAGACGGAGGGAGAAGAUAGGGUUUCAGAUCGAUUAGGGUUUGGUCACGUCGUCUUCGGUGGCUACCACGAAACAGCUAUGGGAUCUUCCGAGGUUUCUAAGGAUGUUGGUGUUUCGGAUUCUUCUCUGCUCGAUCCUUUCACGUCCGGCAGCGAUUAUUUUCCGGCGGAUGACUUUGGGGUUUGUGCCAACGAUGGUGCUUGGGAUCUUUCUUGGAUGGAUUUGGACUUUUCUUCAACAUUGUUUCCUGCAGGCUACGAUCCACUUCUGGGAGCCACUGAUGAGGCGGGCACUUACCAAACAUUGGUCACAGGAUCCGUCUUCUAA